AUGGAAUAUACACGUGGUAUGAAAACAAUUCAGGUUGAUUAUGAAAAUAAGAUUGAAACUCUUAAAUUACAAUUGUCUGAUGAAAAAGCUCGAGUCGGUAUUUUUCAAAGACAUGAAAUUGAACAUAAAAAAGAUAUUGAAAGACUUCAAGAAAAGGCAACGAAAUAUGAAGACGAAGCAACACAAGCACAGUAUUCAAUUGAAACUAUAUCAAGAGAAUUAAAAGAAAAGUCUCGAUUAAUUGAUGAAUUAGAAUCAAGAAUUGUUAAAUUAACAGUUGAAACAACAAAUGAGAAAAAUGAAAUUAUUAAAAAGGAAAAAGAUGUUCAAAAUUCACUUCAUACAGUUUAUAAUGAUAUUAUCUAUUGUACAGAAUGUUUAUCAAAUGAUUCUGAUGAACCAUUUAUUCUUGAUUUACCCACCAGUUCUCGUGAUGAUGUUGAAACAUGGUUAAGCAAAGUUAAAGCUCGUCUUGCUUGGCUUAAACAAGAAUUAGAAAUACGUCAACAACAAGAAAAUAAACUUCGUCAUGAAUUAAAUAGUGCUUUACUUGAUAGUGAUGCUGAUAGAAAAUAUUUUGCAGCAGAAUUAGCCAAACGAGAAGUUAUUAUCGAUGAUUUAACACGUGAAAGGCUAAAUUAUCAAGAUUUUGAAAGAGAAUCAUCGGAUAAAAUGAAAUUAUUAAAAAGCCAACUUGCAAGAGUUGAAGGACAUUCAAUGAAAGAACUUGAACGUACAAAACAAUUACAAACAAUUGAAAUGCAAAUUGAAUAUGAAAAAAGACGAGCUUUAACUGAAGAUGAAAAAGAUCGUAUCAAUGAACGAUAUAGACAGUUUCAAACAAUGAUUGAUUCAGUUAAACGAGAAUUACAUACAGCAAAAGUUCAACUGUCGACUAAAAGUUCAUAA